UGGCGGCGCCCAUGAAAUAAAAAAAAUCGAGCGACAUCGUGUUGUUUUUGUGUGAUUUUUACAGUUUUGAAGAACAGGUAAGAGGCGAUGCGGAGGUAGACAUGGUGUUCCUGACGAGGAUACUCCAGCGCGCCCCCGGAGCACGGAAGCGAGGGUUUGUGGACAAGCUGCGUGUGUACGUCCGCGGGGGCAGCGGAGGGAUGGGGCUUCCCAAGUACAACGGCAGGGGCGGCGACGGAGGGCACGUUGUCUUCGUCGCCAAGGACGACCUGACCUUAAAACAGGUCAUUGACAGGACCCCGAACAAGAGGUUCAUCGCUGGGGUUGGUGCCAACGCUACGAGACGAGCCAUCCAGGGAGACAGGGGGCCUAACCUAACAGUGGAGGUGCCGACGGGUAUUACUGUACUCACCGACACUAAACAGGUUAUCGCUAACCUGAACCAGCCUGGUGACCAGGCGGUGGUGGCUAAAGGCGGCCAGGGCGGGGCUCACUGGUCAGACUUCCUCCCCAAGAAGGGACAGAUCCGCAGUGUGACCAUGGAGCUCAAACUCAUCUCUGAUGUAGGACUGGUGGGGUUCCCCAAUGCUGGCAAGUCCACCCUGCUUAAGGCAGUGUCCUCAGCUGACCCCAAGAUUGCAGAUUACCCGUUCACGACCAUGAGGCCCCAGAUCGGCAUCGUUCAAUACAAGGAUCUGAGAAGGGUUUCCCUUGCAGAUCUGCCAGGUCUGAUAGAGGGCGCCCAUAACAAUGUGGGGAUGGGACAUCACUUCCUCAGGCAUGUGGAGAGGACCAAGCUGCUGCUGUUCAUGGUUGAUGUCCAUGGGUUUGUGUUGUCCAUGAAGCACCCUCACCGGACGGCCUUCCAAACUGUGGCCCUGCUCAUGAAGGAGUUGGAAUUGUACAAGAGCGACCUUGUGGACAAGCCUGCUGUGUUGGCCAUUAACAAAAUGGACAUGACAGGUGCAGGGGACAGGGCAGAAGAACUGCUGUAUAAACUUGAACACUUUGAAGAUUCAGUGACUGAGCUCCCCAAAGACAUGAGGCCAAGAAGACAAGUGCAAUUUGAAGACAUCUUCCAGAUCUCUGCCAAAGAAAAACAAGGACUGAACAAACUGAAAGACAAAGUCAGAGAAAUACUGGAUGAGAGGUUUGAUGAAGAACAGAAUGAACUGAAACAGCAGGCGAUGCAGAGACUACAGAAGGAGGCAUCCUAUGGAAAAACAACAGACAGGACAGCUGAUGUCAUCUGAAUCAUGGACAAACAGUUCAAUCAGACUCACUACAAGAUUCAUUGUCAGCCAUGUUCUCUGUUUUGUAAGUGUGGCCACAACAGUACAUGUAACAUGUGCAGUCACUGCAUAAACUAUUUGAUUCAAAAUCACUUUGUCUUGAGAUAUCGUAUACGUGUAUGGAAAAAUAAGACAAACUAUGA